CAUUCGGUUCAGUAAGUCAAUGACUCCACAAGCUGGUCGUCGUUGUUUAUCGAAAUAAUAUUGAAUUUUCAUUUAUAAAAACUCAACAGAUGUUGGACUAAAAUUUUCAAUAUAUUUAUUUUGUUGGAUGCCGAAAAGAAUUUCGUAAAAUUAUUUGAGUUAUGGGACGUCGAAAUCGGGAGAAAGCCAAUGCUGCAUCGGUUAGCCGACGAAGAACAAUACUUCAAAUUGAGCCUGUAUCACGUCGCAAAGAAGAUGAAGUUUAUUUACAUGUACAUAGGAGGAAAUGUGAUGGAACAAAACGUGAAGUAAAUCCAACAAGUAUAUCAGGUAUAGGAUUACUUGGCGAAUAUGCUGAAGAAAGUGAUGAAGAAGAUGAAGAAAUGUCAAGUCAAAGGAUUGAAGAUGGUGCAAAUGUUGAGAAGAAGACUGAGAAUAAUAAAGAGAAAAAGGAAAUAGAUUCAAAGCUUAGCAACUUCCUCAAAGAAAUUGAGGCUAUAAGCACAGACAGUACAAUGUCCAAAGAACAUAAACAAGAUAAUCCUGAGGAAUCACAAGUUGAUGCCAUUGAUGAUCAAAAUAUACAAGAUUACGUAUUACCGGAACCAUGGCAACAAGUAUGCGAUCCAAAUACGAAUUAUAUGUACUAUUGGAAUACAUUAACGAACGAGGUAUCUUGGGAGUUGCCUGAAUCUCUCAUAUCAACAUCAUUACCAAUGUCUGCAGUGGAUAAUAAAGUUGAUGCUGUAGUAUCUAACACUGACAUCAGUCUGAACACGUCAGCCAAUGAGGAAAAAGAUGGCAGUAAGAAUGUUUAUGAAGAAUCUGUUGACACAGAAAGAAAUAUUUUGAAUGAUCCUGAGGCUGCAAGUGACUCUGGGUCAGAUGGAGUAGAGGGGAUUCCUGUUAAAUCUGAUGAUGCUCCAGGUACAUUGACGUUAAGAAAGGAGAAGGAUUUUGAGGCUGCAAGUGACUCUACAUUGGACGAUAGUCCAGACAAUGGUGUUGUUUCAUUGGACAAAUCUGGUCAUAAAGACAAAUACCAAGAAGAGGCAGAAAAUAUUGUGUCAAAUAAAGAAUCUUUAAUAUCCAAGUCUUUGCCCACGAAAAUUCGUGCAAAGAAAGAGUCUGUUGAUAUGUUUCAAGACGAUUCCCGUGAACUGGAUACUAACGAUAAUGACAAUAAUGGUUCCCAGGUGGUAAAACUCAGCGAUGACAAGCGGUUGAGAAAUGCCGUCGCCGAAGAUAUGCCUGAACGUUCGCCAAAUUUGGCUCAAUCGGUUACGUCACCUACUCCUGAUGAAUUGAAUGAAGUGGAACAGGGUGAAAGUCCUUUGAUUGAAAAAACUGAUAUUGAAGAAGUAGUGACAACAUUAAAGAGAUCUAAAAAGGAAAACGAAUCUGAUGAUGAAGGAACUUUAAAAAAACCUAAAGUGGAAAGUGAAAGUGAAUCAGAAGGAGAUUUUGCCGAAAAACUUUUAGAAGAAUUUCUUGAAGGUAAACCAUGUGAUGCAGGUUUAUCUGGUGAUGAUAUGGAUGUUGACAAUGAAAGGGAUCAAGAAACAAGUGGAGACACGACUUUACUUCCCCCUGAAGCUUUUGAGCACAACCGAUCUGAUCGAAUAACAGAUGAAAAGACUUUAAAAAAAGUAGAUGCACCCGAGGGAAAUGUCAAAGUUGACAAUGGAGUCGACGAAGAGAAUGAGAAGUUAACUUUAGAAAUCCAUGAUCUUUGUCAAUUAUUGUCGAGCAAACUUGAGUUUCUUAAUGUCAGAAAGGAUGAUUUAAACAAACUUGUCAUAGUUUUAAUACAAAUGGAGACGCGUAUUCGAGACUGGCGCGAAGGUGGAUUGUCAAGUACUUAUAUAGUGAAGAAAUUAAGAGAAGCUGCUCAGGAGUUAACUAGUUAUGAAUUAUCUGCUGUUCCUGAAGGAUGGACUUGUCAUUGGGAGAGCACAUACAAAAGAUAUUUUUACACGAACAGUAAAACAGGCGAAUCUCAAUGGGAGUUCCCUCAAAUCUCCAUCAACACCAUCAACACAGAUGUCUCUUCAGUUCCUGGCGCUGGAACAGAUAUUACAGGUCGCAUUGUAGAAGAAAAUGCUGCGAAUAUCAGCAGCUCUAAACUAUCUUCUGUUGACAACUCUCGUUCUUUUCAUGAUUUGAAAAAUAUCAAGACAGAUGCUCCCAGUGGUUAUAGUUACCAGGCCCCAGUCGUAGAUGAAACCGACGUCACCAAAGAUCCCUAUCGAUUUCUUGACGAUAGCCCUCCGGUUCCUAAACCAGACAACGAUCACGAACCUUCAGUAUCACCACCGCCAUUACCCACAGAUGUUCUUAUUGAACCCCCACCACCACCCCCACAGUCCCCUCCAUCCCCACCACGUGUGACUAAUAUGAAGUUUGAUAAAUCGAGAUCAACUGUCCGAACUUCAACAGAUACUACUGUUUUCAAACAAGCGGUAAAGUCAAGUGUAUCAAAGUCGUCUCCAGUCCCUACGCAAGUAUCUGUUAAACAGAAGAAGAAGAAGUCAAAGCCAACUUCAGCGCCAAUACGUUCAUCAAAAGUCAAACAAAUGUCUUCAUUGGUGCAAAAAUGGCAAGCGAUUAAGCAGCAGGAAGCAAGUAUUUCAGAAGAAGAAAGUGAAGAGGAAGAUUUUACAACAAGAACGGAAGCACAAAUUCAACAAUGGCGUCAGGAACAGAUUGAAAGUGGUCUUGCUGCUGAUAACCCAAACUUCCAGAAGAUUACUGGAGACUGGAGAGAGCGCGUUCGUAAAGCUAAAUUAAGGAAAGGCAUUUUAGACAAGUAGGAAUUUUUAAAUUCAAUGAUAUUAGUUUCCAUGGAACGAAAUUGUCUACGCACGUACACUUUUUAUGAGCUUAUCGAACUUCGAAUUUUGUUGAACACAGUUCAUCCUUUCAAUCCAACAUAUUCCCAUCAAAUACAAAACAUGCCUGAUAAAUGGACAGAGAAGUAGAAGUAGAAAAUGAAAAUAUAUUACAAUAACCAAAGAGUAAUUACUUGAUGAUUGUUACAAAAAAAUGCGUAGGGUGUUACUUCAUGUAUGACCCAUGAACAUUUCCAGUAACAUUCUCAGCUUUACUGCAGAUGAAUACUCGUCACAUCAGUUAUUAUAUCAAAUUUUGAAAAAUUUUGCAUAAUAAUGAAAAAUUGUUACUUGUGGAAAAAUUAAAGUAAUGCAAUUUG